GAGUGAAAUUCGUUGCAUAACGAAAAUACCAGUCGUUACGAUUCUAUAUACUGAGUACAUGUUUGUAAACACUUUUCUGUCAUAUGUAGACAAUCGGGUGGUAGAUCAACAGUUCGACUAUCAAAGGGCAUCUAUCGAGUGUUUAUAGACAGUUAAAAAAGGAAUUAGAACAGAAUGAAAUUUUCUUCUAUUAUUUUUGCACUUUGUUUGCCAUACUGUUUUGCUGAAAGCAAAACUUCUAGAUUCGUACUUAAUAAUCACAAUGCUGACGGAAAAAAUAUUGUAAAACUUGCAGAAGAGUUAGGAGCUACAACUUUAGUUUCGUAUAUAAAGGCAGCUGGUCUAGAGAGCACUUUGACUAGGACAGGACCAUUCACUGUGUUUGGACCAACAAAUGCAGCAUUUGAAGCUCUUCCUGCUGACGCCAAACAAAAGCUAACGACUGACACAGAGCUUCUUAAGAAAGUUUUGAUGUUUCAUGUUACAAGUGGAAAAGCAUAUUCUAGCCAACUUUCUAACAACCUGAUAGUUCAAUCACUUGAACCAUCGCUUAGUAUCAGAGUCAACAUUUAUGGCAAUGACUCUAAGAAAGUUGUGACGGCAGAUGGCGCUGAAGUAGUAAUGGCGGACCAGAAUGCGACAAAUGGCGUCAUUCACGUAAUUGACAAAGUGAUGUAUCCCUUACCUAGUGAGGAUAUCCUAAAUAGUUUAGUUCCAUACAAAGAACUAAGCACACUUCUGUUUGCUGUUGUGCAAGGGCAACUAACUGGUCGUGCACCUGGAAUCGGAUCAUUUACCCUUUUUGCACCAACCAAUGCGGCUUUUGACAAACUCCCACCAGGUGCAUUUAGUGACCUUUUAAGCAACCAAACAGCACUUGUAGAUGUCUUGAAAUAUCACGUGGUUGACGCAUGUAUCUACAGUGCCGGCUUUACGUCUAGAACAGCACAAACACUUGAAGGAAGAUCUGUGGCAAUUAAAGUGUCGUCUGGCGAUGUUAUGGUAAACAAUGCAAAAGUUGUGAUGACAGAUAUUCCUAUGGCAAAUGGUGUUAUUCAUGAGAUAGACCAUGUUUUGUUACCACCAUAGUAAAAACAGAAGAGAAUUUUAGUAUAUGUAUAUAUGUAAAUAUAUUUGGCUUUGACAUUUAUACAAUAAAUAUAUUACA